CGGAAGGCCUGCCAGGUGCGGGCGUGCAGCCCGCCUCCUGGAUACUAGAGUUUGUGUUCCGUGCUAGAGCUGCUCAUUCACGUUGCCUUUGUCGGUGCCGCUGUCCUCUUGUGCGUUUCAAUAAAGUUUUCCUCCCCUUGUACGGAGCUCAAGAUGGCGCCCCCCUGGUCGCCCUUGGUUACCCUGCGCGUAGUGCAGAGCCGGCUGAGAGGGAGAUGCUUUGGGUGCGGGGCCUGGGCCUCUGCUCUCGCCCCUCUCGCCUCCACCCCUGGAAACCCCCUUUGGAAAGCAUAUACAGUACAAGCAUCUGAGAGUAUGUCCCCAACUGCGGCUCCAGAUGCCUAUUCAAAAGCCCUGGCUGUGUGCCAUGGACCCCUGGACCACUACAACUUUCUGAUCAAAGCUCAGGAGCUAAAGGAUGAUGAGCAUCAAAGAAGAGUCAUACAGUGUUUGCAGAAACUACACGAGGACCUUAAAGGAUACAGCAUAGAGGCAGAAAGCCUUUUAUCAAAGCUAUUUUCAAGGAGCAAACCUCCAAGGGGCCUGUAUGUUUACGGAGAUGUUGGUACAGGGAAAACAAUGGUGAUGGACAUGUUUUAUGCUUAUGUGGAAAUGAAGAAGAAAAGACGGGUUCAUUUUCAUGGUUUUAUGUUAGAUGUGCACAAAAGAAUACACCGCCUUAAAAAGAGUUUACCCAAAAGGAAAGCGGGAUUCAUGGCUAAGUCAUAUGACCCGAUAGCUCCCAUAGCUGAAGAAAUUAGUGAAGAAGCAAGUCUCUUAUGCUUUGAUGAAUUUCAGGUCACUGACAUUGCUGAUGCCAUGAUUCUGAAACAGCUUUUUGAAAAUCUGUUCAAAAACGGGGUCGUCGUUGUGGCAACAUCCAACAGGCCACCGGAAGACCUCUAUAAAAAUGGACUCCAAAGAGCUAACUUUGUGCCAUUUAUUGCUGUGUUGAAGAACUACUGUAAUACAGUCCAGCUCGAUUCUGGAAUUGAUUACCGGAAAAGGGAACUUCCAGCUGCAGGAAAACUCUACUACCUCACAAGUGAGGCUGAUGUGGAGGCUGUCGUGGAUAAGUUGUUUGAUGAGCUGGCUCAGAAACAGAAUGAUUUAACUAGACCAAGGAUUCUCAAAGUGCAAGGCAGAGAGCUGCGGCUGAAUAAAGCCUGUGGAACCAUUGCCGACUGCACAUUUGAAGAGCUGUGUGAGAGACCCCUUGGAGCCAGUGACUACUUGGUACUAUCAAGGAACUUUGAUACAGUGAUUUUACGGAACAUUCCCCAAUUUACACUGGCAAAGAGGACGCAAGCUCGGAGAUUCAUAACACUCAUUGACAGUUUUUAUGAUUCCAAGGUGCGUAUAAUCUGCUCUGCGUCGGCUCCCAUACCCAGCUUAUUUCUGCACCAGCAUCAUGACAGUGAAUCAGAGCAGAACAGAAUACUGAUGGAUGAUUUGGGACUGAGCCAGGGGUCGGCAGAAGGACUCUCCAUGUUUACCGGAGAAGAGGAGAUCUUUGCUUUUCAGCGCACGGUCUCCCGGCUAACAGAAAUGCAGACUGAACAGUACUGGAAUGAAGGGGACAGAAGCAAGAAGUAACCAUCACUCCGGCACGAAUUAAACACUGAACAAGUGAUUGGUGCUGGGAGGACACUUUAUUCUGGGACUUGAAGGAAUCAUUUUCUCAUCAUUAAUUAUGCACUUUGUCCUCUGGACCAUUUUAGUAUCAAAUUGCUGUCAAAGAUGUAGUGGGUUAGUGAGUUAAAGCCAUUUUUUAAAAUGGAUUUAUUGCCCCUCCCUAUUUAUUUGGCCUUACUUCUGUGCCACAAAAAACAAAAUCAGCACUCCUGAAUAUUAAUUUAGGACUAGGUAGUUUUUAUCCCACAAAACUAACACACACACUCUCUUUCCUCUCCCUCUCCUUCUCCCUCUCCCUCUCCCUCUCUCUCUCCCUCUCCCUCUCCCUCCCUCUGUCUCUCUCUCUCAUACAUUAUGAGUUCCAGGGGUCUGGCUUCCUCUGAGCUUUGAUACAGUAGAAACACAUAUUUUAUGAGGAAACAACCUCUGUUUUAAUUCAAAGCAAAAAAAAAAAAUCCUUUCUGUUUUAUUUCAAAAGAAGAAGACCAACAUGUUAAGAUAUGAGAUUCAACAUGCUUUUUUUCCCUUUUUCUCUCCCCCCCCAACUAUUGUAACUGUCCUAGACCUUUGGGUUUCUUUAUGACACUGAGUAUGGCCUUCACCCUGACAUCAGGUGGGCAGUCAGGGCCUCCUCUAGUGGACACACAGUUGCCUGGAAAAAAAAAGGAUAAUUAUGACACCAUAGAAGAAGGAACAAGGAUGCCAACUUCCGGUCCCAACAGGUCCUCUGACAGCAGUGGGAGGAUGGGUGCCAUGAAUAGGGACCAGUGAGGGCUGAGAGGGCACACCAGGUAGCAGAGUGGAUGCCUGAGGCCAGGCAGAACCUUGCUGAACACAGGGCUUUUCCUGCCACUCAUAUGCAUACGGUCCAUAUGCAGAAUGCCACUCACAGCCUCGUGUGGCUUCUGGAGUUCGACAGAUGCAACAGUAAAUAAGAAAGAAUGUUUGGAGAGACUGCCACUUGGAUUGUAUGCCGCUUUGCUGUGUGAGUGACCCGGGUUCAAACCUAGCCCCCACCUCACUGAAGGAGCUUCAGUGCUAGUGUCUGCCUCUCUUUCUCUCUGCCUCUAUCUACAAAAAGAAUAAAUAGACUACUUAAAAUAAACUUAAUCUGUUCCUGA